AUGGCACUGGGGAACAGUGUCUUCAACGAUACCCUUGGGGAACCAGCGUAUUUACGGAUUAACGAAAUUUCUCUGGAGAGAUGUGAAAGGAGUUUUUCCAGAGUUUUAUUCGAAGGGAGGAAGAAAAGAGAUCUCUUGAUGUGGUUUUCAAAUGCCAAACGUGGUCCUUCUGCCAAAUUUGUCCUUGAGAAUAUUCACACAAUGGGAGAAAUGAAAUUGACAGGCAAUUGCCUAAAGGGAUCACGUCCAAUUCUCUCCUUCGAUGAGAACUUCUCCACAAAUCCUCCCUACGCCCUCCUGCAAGAGUUGGUCGCCCAGAUAUUUGGUGUGCCCAACAACCACCCCAAAAGCAAGUCCUUCUUCGACCACGUGUACACAUUCAGCGUCCUGGACAACAGGAUAUGGUUCAGAAACUACGAGAUCCUGAGUGAAGAUGGAGGAUUGGCAGAGAUAGGCCCCAGAUUUGUUUUGAAUCCAGUGAAAAUAUUCGCCGGGAGUUUCGCAGGAGAAACCCUCUGGGACAACUCUUUCUACAUCUCUCCAGCGAAAUUUCGUCAAGCCGUAAAUAAGAAAGCUGGUGGAAAGCACAUAAAUAGA